AAGGCAGUAGGGAAGGGGGGAGAAAGUUGGUUGACUUGCAGAAAAAGAAAGCUUUCCAGUGGCUCCUACUGCACUUUGCACUAGAGACCCUCAGUCCACCCGAAGCUGGAGGAUGGAGCCAGAGCUCUUGCCCGAUCUCACAAGAAUGCCCCUUGGGGAGAAUGGGAGUGCCCACUUGGUGCCCGACACAGCCUUGCAACUCCCAGGGAAGGGCACGGCCAUGUUCAUCAUCCGCUGUGUGAUCCCGUCGCUUUACCUACUCAUCAUCACUGUCGGCUUGCUGGGCAACAUCACACUCAUGAAGAUCUUCAUUUCCAACAGUGCCAUGAGAAGUGUGCCCAACAUCUUCAUCUCCAGCCUUGCUGCUGGUGAUCUGCUGCUGCUAGUGACCUGUGUCCCCGUGGAUGCCUCCCGGUAUUUCUCUGAGGAGUGGCUCUUUGGGGAGCUGGGCUGCAAGCUCAUUCCUGUCAUCCAGCUCACCUCUGUUGGUGUCUCUGUCUUCACUCUUACUGCCCUAAGUGCUGACAGGUACAAAGCAAUUGUAAAUCCCAUGGACAUCCAGACCUCCAGUGCAGUGCUAUGGACCUGUCUUAAAGCCACUGCCAUUUGGGUAAUCUCCAUGCUCCUAGCAGUUCCUGAAGCAGUGUUCUCCGAACUGGCUCACAUCAAUGACACAGAUAAUGCCACAUUCACAGCGUGCAUACCAUACCCCAUAACAGAUGAAAUGCACCCAAAGAUCCAUUCUGUGCUGCUUUUCCUUGUGUAUUUCCUUGUCCCUCUUGUGAUUAUUAGUAUCUACUACUAUCAUAUUGCAAAGAGUUUAGUAAAAAGUGCUCACAACAUCCCUGGAGAAUACAGUGAGCAUUCCAAAAGACAGAUGGAAACUCGGAAACGUCUGGCAAAAAUUGUUCUAGUUUUUGUCGGCUUCUUUGCUAUCUGCUGGUUUCCUAACCAUGUGCUGUACAUGUACCGAUCUUUUCAUUACAAUAAGAUUGAUCCAUCAACAGGACAUAUGGUUGUUACCUUAGUGGCCCGAGUGCUAAGCUUCUGCAACUCUUGUGUCAACCCAUUUGCACUGUAUUUUCUCAGUGAGAGUUUCAGAAGGCAUUUCAACAACCAGCUUUGCUGCAGGAAGAAAGCUCAGCAAGAGAGAUCUGCCAGCUACUUGCGUAACUCUUCUGCCAUUCAAAUGACUUCCCUGAAAAGCAAUACCAGGAACACAGUAACUACCAUGACACAACUGAAUGGGCACAACUUGAAACAAGAAAUGUCACUAUGAUUUAAUAUGUGUGAUUUUUGACUGUGAAACAAAUUUGAACAUUUUAUUUGCAGUUUGUAACUCACUUUUGGCUCUUGUGAUUAGAUGCUCUGAGUACUCAGAAUAGAGGAUCUCUCAAAGUCCAGCCAGUGUGAAGUUCUCUCACACCUAGUCUGACUCUUACAUAGAAGUGAACAGUACAUUUUAUUGAGAAACCAAAACUGACUGGUGUUACACUGUACUUUAAAGGAGAUGCUAGAAUGUGUUUAACCUAAAGGAAAGCAGAGUAUCUGAUAUAAUAUUGCUUUAAGAAGUAUAGAUUUUCUGAUCUGAACAAUAUGUAUUUUCAACUGAAUAUUGAUACUCAUGUUUUACUCUGAUAGAUUUUGCAUUAUUUUAGCUGUAUGGUAUGUACAAACAUUGCUCAUUAAGACUGUUAGGCAUUUUGGACUCAAUUAAAGGGCUGUUGCAACACAUAAAUUCUAGUUUCAGAUAAAAAAAUAUUCAAGUAUUGAGCGCCAGGUCUUUACCUCAUUUAAAUCCACUUUGUUUGUUCACUUUGGUAGACAUGCAUGAUGAGAUAUUACUCUUUGAGUGUUCUGUUUGCUGCUGAGGUCAGAAGUUUAUCUGCUAAAAUUUCAUUCUUUUCAUGGUUAACAUAUCAAAUGGAAAAUGUGUGCAACAUGCAGGUUUUCUAUAACUCAGUGUCUGAAAGCUUAUUUCUCUGUCUGUUAAAGCUGUGGCACCACUGGUUUAGAGUUUCUACAUGCUAGAUAUUUGCUGCUAACUGAUGUUCAUAUCAGUACAGAGCUAAGAAGGAUGCUAAGCGUACUGGGAGGGUUGAACAUUGAACAAGAUAAAAUUCGGAGUGGCUACUUCAGAGAGGUUCCGUGGCAAGUCUUCAUACAGCUCAGAACAGUCUCAGAGUGCAGAACCCAGAUUAAUACCAGACAAAACCAAACUGAAGGAUGCCCUGCAGGGGCGCACUCAACAUACUCUGAUUACUAAUGAUCAUCCAGACCAUGGGGCCAGACAAGUCAUAAUCUGAAACAACCCCCAACUAAUCAAACAUGGGGAGCUGGCAUGAGUAGCUGGCAUUGGUUGAUCAGUACCAGCUGUUUACUUUCUGUGUUUAGAGCACAUGUCUUAUGAGGAGUUUCUGAAAGAGCUGGGGUUGUGUAGUCUGGAGAAAAGGAGGCUCAGGGGGACCUUGUCAGUCUCUACAGCUCCCUUAAAGGAGGCUGAAGCCACGUGGGGGUGAGCCUCUUCUUCCAAUUAAUAAGUGACAAGCUGAGAGGAAAUGGCUUCAAGUUGCGUCAGGGAAGGUUUAGAUUGGAUAUUAGGAAAAAAUUUUUCACUGAAAGGGUGGUCAGGCAUAUUUGAAUAGGCUACCUAGGUAAGUACUGGAAUCACCAUCCCUGGAAAUGUUGAAAAACUGUGUGUAUGUAUUAGUUGGGGAUAUGGUUUAGUGGUGAACAUGGUGGUGCUAGGAUAAUGGUUGAAUUUGAUGAUCCUAGAGGUCCUUUCCAAUUUUAAUUACCUUGUGAUUCUGUUUUAUGCUAUGAGAUCUACUCCUCAUGCACACACCAUACCAGUCUCAACAAGGCUCCAGUACUGUUGAAAAUCUGGCACUUUUUCUUUUCCUGAAGGCCCAUAUGCAUAAAUAGUCAAUGCACUUCUGCGAUAGUUUUGAUCUAGAUCUGAAAAUCCUAUGUGAUCUGCCUAAAAGGAGGAUUUUCAAACGUUUUCUGUUAGUCAUCCCAGUGCCAUGGACAGCAUACAUCUUUGUCAUCAUUCCUAGGAGGACGUUUUCAAGGUACAUGAUCAGUGCAGACCUGGGAUUAAAACAACUGGGAAUGCUGUGUGAGGCUCUAGUACCAAUUACCAUCAUGUCCAGAACAAAUUUGCUAGGAAGAUUUACUGCUCUUUUUUCAGUCACAGAUCUAUGGUAGGGAUACCUCAUACAAAGCUUGCAAAACUGCCCUUUAGAUCUCAAGAAGGCAAGAAGUUCAGCUCUAAAAUAAUAUAUUUUUAAAAAUGUUUGUUAAUCGCUUCACAUACCAACACAGGUAGUCAACUAGGCACAAAGACUGAAACCUAUUGCUGCUACUCAUACAAGGCUGUUCAUAUAAAAGCUUCUGAGGGGAGUCAGAGCUGAUUUCCCCCUUACACAGCUGCACAGUGUCAGAUGAAUAAUUAUUCCCAAGCCAGGUGAGAGGCUAGCUGGGGCAGGGUUUGUUUCGUGUCUAAGCUUCAGAAAGAAAAUGCUCACAGUGUCCUUCUUAGGAGAAAGGGUAAUAAUGGCAGAUAAGGGCACCCUGUGAAAUUAUUUUGUUAUGGCCAGUUCAUGAGCCAAACUUACUUUUAAAUACCUUUUUCUUUGAAAUUGGAUGGAACUGCUCCAGCACAGAUCUCUCUGUCACAACACUGUAUCCUGUACUUCUGCAGUGACUUGUCUAAGGUGAACACUAGAAAGUACACCAGAAAUUAAGAUUGGAUUUCAGAAUUAGUUUCUAGCCUUAUAAUUUCAAAAGCUGAAGUGCUAAUGCACUGUAGCAGCUCAUUGUUCUUUUUGUCCUUAUUUAUGCACUUGCACUUAUUUAGUUCUGUUUGUAACUGUGGAACCAUCAGAAGUUCAAAAUGUGUUUCUCAAUUCCCCCAUCUUCAAGACUAGUUAUACCCCUUUUUUAAUUUUUAAAGCAGCAAGAAGUUAAAUUGAUGUAAUCUGCACAUAGUUUAGCCAAUUAUCUGAGAAAACAUGAGCCAGCAGUGUGCCCGACUGGCCAAGAAGGCCAAUGGCAUCUUGGCCUGUAUCAGGAAUAGUGUGGCAAACAGGUCCAGGGAAGUGAUUUUUCCCCUGUACUCAGUGCUGGUGAGGCCACACCUGGAGUGCUGUGUCCAGUUCUGGGCCCCUCAGUUCAGGAAGGAUAUUGAGGUGCUGGAGCAGGUCCAGAGAAGAGCAACCAGGCUGGUGAAGGGACUUGAACACAAGUCCUAUGAGGAGAGGCUGAGGGAGCUGGGGUUGUUUUGCCUGGAGAAGAGAAGGCUCAGGGGAGACUUCAUCACUCUCUACAACUCCCUGAGAGGAGGUUGUAGCCAGGUGGGGGUUGGUCUCUUCUCCCAGGCAGCUAUCAGUAAGAUAAGAGGGCAUGGUCUUAAGCUCUGUCAGAGAAGGUUUAGGUAGGAUAUUAGGAAGAAAUUCUUUACAGAGAGGGUAAUAAGGCAUUGGAAUGGGCUGCCCAGGGAGGUGGUGGAUUCUCCCUCCCUGGAGGUUUUUAAGAUGAGGCUGGAUGUGGCACUUAGUGCCAUGGUCUGGUAAUGACGGUGGUAGUGGAUCAAGGGUUGGACUUGAUGAUCUCAGGGGUCCUUUCCAACCCAUCUGAUUCUCUGAUUCUCUGAUUCUAUGAAAAAAAUCUCCAGUUACCACUCAACAGGGAAAGUAAUAGAUUGAAGUUCUUAAUGUCAUCCAGCAUGGUCCAGUUAGAUGGACCUAUAGGGUGAUGUAAUGUAGUUAAAGUUGUGUGCAGCAUUCAAAUGAGAAAACUUAUGAAGUUCAGUAUGGAUCAGCUCCAUACUACCUGCCCUAGCAGAUUGCAGUUGCCCUGUGGCUUCAGUGACUCCUUGGAAGGCUUUCCACAAAGGAGUCAAUUGAUUCAAACUUGUAAAUCUAUGUGUAAUGGUUUAAGAAACUGUCAUCCUGUCAUGGUUUAGGAAUGGUAUUCCAUGAUCUAGUGUUCCCAAAGUUUUGGAUUCUGCACUCAGUCUCAAAUCCUUUUUACUCACAAAUAUUUUAUACCUGCAAAACACGAAAACUUAAUCUUCCUUCGUCAAUUCUCAUUGCUGAUCACUGACUGCAACCAAGUUUCCCAUUUACUUUUGCUGGUUUUUUUUCUGGUUCUCAGCUCCUUAUUUUGUUUGGCAAUCAUUCUACACUGCAUAGCACUUCACAGGACUUCUAAAUCCAUUGUGUUAUUUACUUCCUAAAUACAUUUGUCUGAUGUGGACAUUACCAGAUGAUACAGGUGCCCUACCGGAAAAAUAAUAAUCUAAUUUGUAGUAGAUUCAAUGCUUGUGUUUGAUGUGUACUCUUCACUCAGCAUCUUAAAGUGCUGUGUGUGUUAUGGACAGCAUGAGCCAGCUCUCUGGCAGAACUGCAAGCUACAUUAUGUUCCUUUUUGUUGCGAAAGGAAGAUGUUCCGAAAAGACUAUAACUUCUUCUUGUCAGGAAAUCAACACGAUUUUGGUUCAUUAUUUCCCAGGCCUAAUACUCAAAGUCUGUUUUGAGUAAGUAACCUAAACUGUAUAUAACUCCUCUCAAAUUCUUGUAGCAUGGUGUGCCGGAAUCGGUUAAUCUGUCUGGAGCUUUGCUAGGUGUAUUGCUAGCCCAAUAUGCACAUUUUGGAAGUGUCUGUUACUGUGUUUCUGUACAUAUUGUUUACAAGUACAGCUGUAUAUAUAAAGCUAUUUUCAGAGAGCACUGCUUGUUAACAAUUAAAAUUAUUGUAGAACACAUUUUAUGAAGUAUUUUCUUCUAACUGUAGUCAAAGAAACAAAGGAAACCUAUAAAUGAGAUCAUGUCAUCUUUUCACAUACUGCAUUGAGAUCUGUGCUAAAACAGUUGUUAAAAUACCA